AUGCCCCCUCAAGACCUGUCCAUGGAGUACACGUCACACUUUGCACCCCCUGUGCCACCUCACAUGCCUAAGCCUCUACCUACAGCUGGGGGUCAAGAGAGGAACCUGAAAUGCGUGCUUCUGGGAGAUGGUGCGGUGGGCAAGACCAGCCUUUUGGUCAGCUACACUACCAAUGGCUACCCGACUCGAUACAUUCCUACGGCGUUUGAUGACUUCUCAGCUCUGGUGCAAGUUGACAACACCCCAGUGAAGCUGCAGCUGUGUGAUACCGCAGGCCAGGAUGAAUUUGACAAGCUUCGCCACUUUUGUUACCCAAAAACCGAUGUUGUCAUCCUGUGCUUCAGCGUGGUCAGCCCAUCCUCCUUUCAGAAUAUAUCAGAAAAGUGGAUUUCUGAGAUCCAGUGUCACUGCCCCAAUGUGCCAGUUGUUCUAGUGGGUACUCAGUGUGACCUUCGGGAGGAUGUCAAAGUCUUGAUCCAGUUGGCCCGGUAUCGAGAGAAACCUGUACCCUCAUCCUCUGCCAAAGCCCUUGCUGAGAAAAUUGGGGCUGUGGGUUAUGUUGAAUGCUCCGCUCUUACUCAAAAGAAUCUGAAAGAUGUGUUUGACAUGGCCAUCCUUACUGGCCUCCGUUUUUCUGACCUUCGAAGCCAACGAGAGAGAAAAGUGGCUGCUACUGCCAGCAAGAUGAAAACUCUAUCUAAAGCUUGGUGGAAAAAGUACGUAUGUGUAUAG